AUGUAUCACGACGUUUCGGCCUUCCUCCCUCGGUCGGUGAGCAACAAAGGUGAUAGAUUUGGGAAACAGCCCAAGAAAGCGAGAUUGCCUCUCCUCCUUCCAACAGUCAUGCAAGGCGCCCCGGUCGUGUCGGACAGUCGCCUUUUGCGCCUGCCACCCGAACUCUUAGGCGACAUAGUGGAUCUAAUCGCGGAUGACCACGCCACUCUCGCUGCAUUGGCCUUAGUGAACAGCGAUUGCAGACAGCUGGCUCGUUCCUGCCAAUUCGCAGAGGUCUGUUUUGACUACGGGUGGAAGUCAAGUCAAAUUCUGCUUCUCCUGUUGGCGGAAACCGUUGUUCGGCAUGGUGGCAAGGCCCCGAACGGAUGUCAUGCUCUCCGCCCGCCCUUUGUCGGGCCUUGCAUUCGCAGUGUUACGGUUCAUCCUCGCCCAGAAUAUGUCGCUCAAUGGCAACCUGAUCUUCGCGCCUCUUGUUUGGGAGAGAGCUCCGAUCUCUCUGAGGAGCAGCGCGAUGAAAUACGGAAGAAAGUCCUCGGUCGGUACAUGACGACAUUCCGCGAUCCUGUCUUGGGCGUCCUGGAAGAAGCAAUACCCAAUCUCGAGACACUUUCAUGGUGUGAUCCCAUGUGUCUGGACGACGUCUCCCUCGGAAUCAUCACAUCUCUGCCCAUACGACAUCUCAAAAUGUCUAGGGCCCCGAUAGGGGAGUCAGUUCCUCUUGAACAGCCGCUGGCUCCGGCAGCGUUGCCUCUCGAAUCGUUAUUGUUUGGCGCCCACACAUGCAUUGACGACGUUCACCGAGGACGGGCCGACGGCGCCAACUUCUGGAAAUGCUGUCCAUCGGUCGGCGAGACGUUCAUUUCCUUCGGUCCGGAACAUAUGGAGUUCCCCCGUCUCCGGCAGCUUUCCCUAUCCUCCGUCUACGCCGACUUCGAUUCGAUGGCUUGGUCUUCACUCCUGUCCGCGCCGCUAAGGCACCUUGCGUUGCCCGCCCCGGUAAAUAAAAAUGCACACCAGACCUUAUCCACUUGUCGGCCUUUCUGCGGCCUUGAGACGCUGGUGGUGCCACUUCUCGGCCCGGAGGGUUCGGCGGGGGCACAAGCUAUUAUCGACUUCGUUUCACGCCAUCCGCACCUUUGCAGACUGUCGGUCGGUUUCGGUGUGCCAAAACUCUUGGAUUCAUAUCUCCUUCCCCGCCUUUCUGACGGCAGAUGGUCGAACCUCACGUCCCUGUCGUUGGCGUGGUGUCAGACCGGACCGCUGAAAGAAGGAGCGGCAGACAUUGUAACCAUUCCCGCAAAGUCGCUGGCUGCCAUUGGAACCAUCACCUCAUUGGAGCAGUUACAUCUAAGUGCCGGCAUACCCGCGGGAUGGCGCCACCAGUGGUUGGUCGAUCAUGACGUGGUGCGGUCGAACCUUGGAGGGUUGACAAGGCUGAAGAAACUAGCCUUGUCGCGAGAUACAUAUCUGGUGCCUGGUGGCUUGCCUCGUUCUCGAUUGGAAGCGUACUACGAAGAUCGAUUCCCAACUCUGUCGGACCUUGAUGGUGCGGCGGAAUGGCAUGAAGACGCAAGCCGGGACACUGCUUUCAAGAUUUGGGAACACGCCCAUCGCAAGCGCAUGGUUGAGGAAGCAAACAAGUACGCAAUUCUGUUUCAAGGGCUAGAAUGGAUCUUAUGCGGGCAAUGGCCGAUGGAUAUUCGUAAGGAGCAGACAUCCGGCGCCAUCAAACGCUUUGCUGUGCCUUUAGGCGAGGAGAGAGAUUCCUGUUCGACGUUCCUCCGUCGGAUAUUUGCAAUGGGGGAUGAUGAUGAGUUUUAA